UUCAAUGACUUGGCACUGUUCGUUUCGCAAUGAUUAUGUCGGAGUGGGUUGCGAUUUAUAGCCUCGGGAUCAGCAGAAGUGCGGAUCUGUUUGAUUGAGCCAGCGGGCGGACUUAUUUGGAAUGAGUUUUAUGAAAAGUGCGGCUAGUCUGGAAGGACACUUGGACAGGGUGUGGCAUGUUGCGUGGGAGCCAAACCAGGGUAGAUACUUCACAUCAUCCUCGGCAGAUAAAACUAUCCGACUGUGGAAGUACAACGCCGACUCUAACUCGUGCUCGGCUAUCUGUGUGUUGCAGGAUGCACACAAUAGGACAGUGCGAAGCACAGCAUGGGCACCAGGCUCAACUAAAUUAGCGUCGGCCUCAUUUGACGGUACAGUUUGUGUGUGGAGUCGAGAUGAGACGAGUGACAACCUGGAGGUGGUGGCUACGAUCGAGGGCCACGAGAACGAGGUGAAGUCUGUGUCAUGGAACUGCUCCGGGAACCUCCUCGCUACUUGUGGCAGAGACAAGACUGUCUGGAUUUGGGAGGCAGACGAGGAUAAUGACUUCGAGUGCAUCUCCAUCCUGUCGAACCACAACCAGGACGUCAAGAAGGUGUUGUUCCAUCCGGAAAGAAACGUUCUCUUCUCCUGUGGCUACGACAGUACCAUCCGUAUGUACGAAGAAGAUCCAGAGAUGGACGACUGGAACUGUGUGCAGACUCUGGAGAAUCACGGCAGCACUGUAUGGUCCCUGGAUACCAACAGGGAUGCAUCAGCCCUCGCCUCUGUCUCCGACGAUCUGACGCUAAAAAUAUGGAAAGCAUUUUACCAAGGUAGUGACCAAGGAGUUGAACCUUCAUCAUCCAGUGUACCACGCUACAAGUGCGACUUAACGCUUUCCGGUGAUCACAGCAGGCCCAUCUACGAUGUUGCGUGGAAUAGAUUGUCAAACUGCAUUGCCACAGCAGCAGGCGACGACUCAAUAUGUCUAUACAAGCCAGAAAAUCUCUCCUCAAAUCCCACCGCAUAUUCACUUCUCACCAAGUGUGAACAUGCGCACAGUCGAGAUGUGAAUUCCUUAGCGUGGAACCCUGUUUAUGAUAACGUGCUAUUAAGUGCUUCCGACGAUGAAACUGUGAAAUUAUGGAAUGUUUCCUAUGACCAGUUUGGAACUUUAAUUUGAGUUUUCUUGCUAAAGGCAAAAACAAUGAUCUUUAGUGAUGUAUUUAUAUCAUUCCAGAGCUGUAAGAAGCCUGCUCUUCGGCACUUUUGUUUUCCUGCUGUCUU